AUGAGUAAAGUUAAUUAUGCUAAACAAAUUUACGUUGCUUUUGCUUUAUCAGUUCCUACGGUUUCACUUGUCAUAGAAGGAUAUCGAAGUGAAAAUUUUUUUACAAAAUUUUAUUUUAAAAAGGUUAACAAAGAAUUAACUCCAAAAUUGGCAGAUUUAAUUGAAAAUGAAAUUGAUUCUUUUUUAAUUGAACAUAAAAGUUUUUCAAUACGUGACAUUGAGUUUAAAGUUUCAUUGUAUGAUAAUUUUACUCCAAAAACAUGGGGUAGUUUUUUGUUAAAAGAAGGAUCAGAAAUUCAAUUUCCAGUGACAUUCAAUAUACAGGAUUAUGAUGAAUUUCGUGAAUACAUUAAAAAUAAAUUUUUAUCAUUAAAAGAUACUCCUAUACCUUAUAAAUUUAUUAGUGAUUGUUUCUUAAGUGAUGAAGGAAAAAAAUUUUGUAUUAAAAGAGAACUUUUUAAAGCCAACAAUGGUUAUCAUUUAUUUUUCCCAAGUUUUUUGUGGAUCUUUUCAUCAUCAAUAUUUUAUUUAACUGUUUCAUUUCUUUUCCCAGUUACUGGUAUACCAAUUGGAUGUUUAACUGCUGCACUUGGGACUAUUGGAAUUUACCCAACUUUACUAAAAAAAUAUAAAGAAAAGGAAGAAAAAUAUUUUGAUAAGAUUGUUAUUGAUAGUGAUGAAUUAUAUAAAAAAGGUGCUGAUGAUUUUUUUAAUUAUUGUAGAUCAUUAAAGAAAUUAGUAGGUAUAGAAAAUUUUGGUAAAUCUGAUUUUGAUUUAAUUGAAAAAAGAAUGCAUCAUAUUAAAAAAAAAGCUAUUGAAUCACGAUUAAUGAAUAGGAAAAAUUUUAUUGAAAAGAAAAAUAAUACACAGUUAUAG